AUGCUGAACAGCAUCACCGAGGGGUUCCUCUGCUGCCUGAUGGGCAAAACAACCAACGCCGUGGGGCCGCUGGACAGCGUUGAGUCCAGCAAUGGCUACAGCUUCCUGGAGGUGAAGCCAGGCAGGAUCCUGCGGGUGCGACACAGCGCUCCGAGCCGCCCGCCUGCCGAGCCCCCCGAGGAGCCCGGAGCUGCAGAGAGAGGCACGGUGCACUGCAAGCGCAGGAUCACGCUGUACCGCAACGGGCAGCUGGUGAUCGAGAACCUGGGGGACGCCGUGCGCUCUGAAAUCCUGCACUGCUCCAAUGGCUCGGCCGAGCCCAGCAGCACCAUGGAGCUGGAGCUGUCGGAGCUGGCUGGCCAAGGCCCGGUGCAGGGCUCUGCCGGCACGCCGGGAUCUGGUGCACGAGAUGCCGCGGCCGGCAAGCGUCGGAAGCGUAAGCCCAAGAAAGUCAUCAACAUCGACUGCAAGAAGCAGAUCACGAGCUGCAAAGGGACCCACGGUGACGUGGUCCUGUUCUUCAUCCACGGCGUGGGCGGCUCGCUGGAUAUCUGGAAGGAGCAGCUGGACUUCUUCACCAAGCUGGGCUACGAGGUGGUGGCUCCUGACCUGGCCGGCCACGGCUGCAGCUCAGCCCCGCAGAUCGCUGCUGCCUACACCUUCUAUGCGCUGGCUGAGGACAUGAGGGCCGUCUUCAAGCGCUACGCCAAGAAGAGGAACAUCCUGAUAGGGCACUCGUAUGGGGUCUCCUUCUGCACCUUCCUAGCCCACGAGUAUCCCGACCUGGUGCAUAAAGUGAUCAUGAUCAACGGAGGGGGCCCGACGGCGCUGGAGCCCAGCCUGUGCUCCAUCUUCAACAUGCCCACCUGCGUGCUGCACUGCCUGUCCCCAUGCCUGGCCUGGAGCUUCCUCAAGGCUGGCUUUGCCCGCCAGGGUGCCAAAGAGAAGCAGCUGCUGAAGGAAGGCAACGCUUUCAACGUCUCCUCCUUCGUGCUGCGUGCUAUGAUGAGCGGGCAGUACUGGCCAGAGGGUGACGAGGUGUACCACGCCGAGCUGGCCGUGCCCGUGCUGCUGGUGCACGGCAUGCACGACAAGUUUGUGCCGGUGGAGGAGGACCAGCGCAUGGCAGAGAUCCUGCUGAUCGCUUUCCUGAAGGUGAUCGACGAGGGCAGCCACAUGGUGAUGAUGGAGUGCCCCGAGACCGUGAACACCCUGCUCCACGAAUUCGUCCUGUGGGAGCCCGAAACGCCAGCUGGGGACGGGCAAGGAGAGAAGAAAUAA